AUGCACGGCGCUUUGAAAAGGAAUCGGCUCAGCAGUUUGGAAGUUAAAAGCUUGAAUGAACAAAAAAUUACUGCUUGCUCCAACUACAAUCCCAGCACCAUAUCAGGACCAUGCACUUUUCCAUUGCCCUAUACUAAGGAUUUCGACAUUUUUUGUCAACUUGACUAUCACAAGACAGCGUACAUAUGCGAUCCAGCAGGAAUCAUGUCAAGGACAGAAGUUGAAAUGCUGGAUCAAACAGUUCAUCAACUUAAUAUGACGUCCUGCUUCUGCACCUCUACCUGUGGAAGAGAAAGGAAGAAGCUCGAUUUUGUACGACCAUCGUCACUGCCAGCUGCGGCCUUUCUUUUCGCACAGCUCCUCAGCCGGCACUGGUCCGCUCAAUGCAAAGCUGACCUGAUGAUUAUCUACAUCAGAUCCUGGAACCCAGGUCAUAUACGAAAACCGUUCCUCAUUUGGUACAAAUAUAUAGAUAUAACUUUGAGAGGUUCGAUAUUAUAUCCACUUAUGCGGAAAAGCGGCGAACGAUUUCGUGCUGGCUUUGGUGGCGGAAUGAUGAUGAACGCAUCCGCGCAGCAGAAGCGCAGUGUGAUGAUGUUCCGGACGUUCUCGAAGGCACCGGUGUCUAACGGCCCGUCGAAUCGGCUAUGA